AAGGUUUCUCUUUCUUCACUAAAUCGGCACGCUGUUGCAACAAGAGCAGAUGUUGGCAUCCCAAAAGCUCAGUGCCUCAUGGAGCAUUUCUCUUAUUUUCCUGAGUGCCAAGUAGAUGCGAAAGUUCUAUUAUAUGAUGCAUCUACUGAAGAAGAAAUUCUCUCAGGCCACCCAGAUUUUGUUCUGGACUGCAUCGACAACAUUGAUACAAAGGUGGCCCUUCUUGCUGCAUGUGUACGUAGGGGAUUGAAGGUUCUAUCUGCUACAGGAGCUGGUGCGAGGGCUGAUCCAACAAGAAUCCGAAUUGCUGAUCUAAGAGAGUCCACUAAUGAUCCAUUAUCUCGAGCUGUAAGACACCGCUUGAGGAAAGAUCACGGCAUUGAAGGCGGUAUUCCUGUUGUAUUCUCUUUAGAGAAACCCAAAGUAAAGUUGCUCCCAUUUAAAGGUCCAAGUGGAGAAGAGGAAAACCCUUCAGACUAUCAGAUUGUUCCAGGCUUUAGGGUCCGAAUCAUACCCGUGCUGGGCUCCAUCCCUGCAAUAUUUGGACAAGUCAUGGCCUCCUAUGUUGUGACACAACUAGCAGGGUUGGAAGUUCAAAUGGAACCUGUAGUCAGUUUUGACACGGAUCAUUACCAUACUCUUCAUCAGCGCCUAAUUGAGCAUGAGGAGUCAUUGUAUGGCUCAGCUGUGCAUGUGCAGGUGGAUGUGGAAGAGGUGAUGUAUAUUGCCAAAGAAUUAUGGCAUGGAAGAAGUGCUAGGGAGCAGUUUGCAAAACAUGUUGGCCGAGCGAUGUGGCGAUCAGUUAAUGAAUUGAUGCUUGUGAGGUGGGAUUGCACAAAACCAGCCACUGUUUCAAAUCUAAUUCUUUUAAAAUUCAAGGAGGCGGAUGAGCAUGAGUCACGGACAAUAGAUGAUAUAAAGAAAGAAGAACCAGAAUUCUACAAUAGAGUAACUGCUGUGUUGAAACGAGCUGAACUUGACUUUGGGUUGUGAUAGUUGAAUCAGCAUUCCCCCAAAGAGGCGAUUCUAUGCUUAAAUCAGAUUCUUUGCACUCACAUAUCCAGAGAAAGAGGGCAUUCGUCACUUCUUUCCAGGAAAAUUCUUACCUUCCUUCCAUCUAUUUUUGUGAAUGUGGAAAAUCCAAACCGCUGUAUGCUAGCCUCUCUAGUUCAGAGCUUAAUGUCUGUCAUGCUUGCUGCUUAUCUUUUUGCUGGAAUUUUAACAAAGGGAGUCAGUUUCAUCUUGCUGUAUGAGAUAUGGCAGGUGACGAACCAUGCCAGAAUAUAGAUUGUUGAAUGUUCUUCAAAGUAAUUUAUUUUUGGAAGAAAUUUUGGAGCA